AUGGAAGGCCGAGGCCCAGCAAACUCGGCUUCUUUGACUCGUUCGUAAUCGCGCCCCGCCUCGUGUAGAGGCGUGCCUCGGGAAGGGAUGAAGUGCAUCCUGAUUGCCAGUGAGGGUGCUGAAGUUCUUUUCUACUGGGCUGACCCAGAUUUCCUGGCAAGCUUGCACCAGCGCUUUGGGGCCCAUGACCAAAGUGGUGAUGAGAUUCCUGCUUUAGAGGACAGCAUCAACACACUCUUUGCCCCUGUGAUCAUCUCCUGCAUGACGCUACUUGAGAGACUGGGGGAUACAUAUAGUUGCUUCUCUGCAGAAAAUGGCAAACAUCUCUAUGUGUUGCGUAUGUUUGGCGAGUGCCUAUACAUUGCAGUGAACGGUGAUGGGUCAGAGAGUGAAGAUGACUUAUGCCGAAAGCUCUAUGUGCUCCGGAGAUUAACCGAGGCUCACUUUGGCCUGGUCACACUGGACAGCCAUCUCAUCCGCAGGGAGCUGAGGCCGGUGGAUUCUGAGCAACGUGCUCAUGUCUGGAGACUCUUUCAGAGCCUGCUGGGGACCUAUAGCCGGCUGCAUCAUGAGGACCAAAGCUUUCUUGUAGAGGCUGUGGAGCGACUGAUCCAUCCACAGCUGUGUGAACAAUGCAUAGAAUUCUUGGAGCGCCAAGUUGUGCAGCACAUCAAUGGCAGCCCGGAACGUGCUGGACAUGAACUGGUGCAUGCCUUCCUGCUGGUGCAUACCAAGCUGCUGGCCUUUUAUUCCAGCCGAAAUGCCAGCUCACUGCGGCCUGCUGACUUGCUCACCCUCCUCCUCAUAGUGCAGGAUCUGUACCCCAGCAACACUUCUGAAGAACAAAAUGGUCUUCAGCUUUCAGAGGAUAAGCCAAGUCCUCAGCGGCUUCACAGCAGCGAGAGUAUCCCAGUGAAGAGCUCUUGUCCUAGUGAAGCAUCUCAUGAGCAGGUAGCAGAUGAUGGCUCUGUGCCCGAGGAGUUCUACACCCCCAAGGCUUCCCCUAGCCAACAGAGUUCCGGGAGUGCUGCCUGGUCUGAGGGUGCAGAGUCGCAGGGCGAGGGAGAGGUGAAUUCUGCUGACAUUCAGAUAGCUGAGGAUUCACUGCAGACUCUGAUGCCCUCCACAUCUGAGACCACCAACCCACGGAGAAUUUUUCUGGAUGCGAACUUGAAGGAAGGGUAUUGUCCCAUGAUGCCCCACACCAUGCAUUGUCUACCCCUCUGGCCAGGGAUCUCGCUGGUGCUCCUCACUAAGGGCCCCAGUUCCCAUGCGGCACUUUCCCUUUAUCAGCUGCUGGAUGGAUUCCUUGUAGUGGAGAAGAAACUAAGAGAGGGGCAGGAGAUUGGGCAGCCCCUCCGUUCUUAUCCACUCUUGCUGGAGCUCCGACAUCGAAUGGACAAAUUUGUCAAGAAGCUGGGAGGACAAGAGCCACAGUUGCAGAAUGCCUGGCUGGAAUUUAGGAACAGGAUUUUUUCUCGAAGUGAGGUUUUGAAUCCUGGGGAGAUCCUGCAGGCAUUUUGCAACAUCAGGCGGCAGCUCUGUGCAGUGUACCGGCUUCUCUUUCUUGGAUCUUCAGGGGCCCAAGGCCUGCCUCGAAGCAUGCUGGACCGAGCGCAGCAGCUCACACGGGACAAGCUCCGGGACUGGAGGGACUUCCUGCUAGUGAAGAGCAAGCGUAACGUCACAGUGGUGUCAUACCUAGAGGAUUUCCCAGGUCUUGUGCACUUUAUCUACGUGGACCGGACGGUGGGACAGAUGGUGGCACCAUCACUUAGUGUGGCUGAGGACUCUCCUUCUGAGCUAGGCAAAGGGCCUUUGCCUGCAUUUAUUAAGGAGAAGAUCUGGUCACUGGUGGCACUGGCUCGAAGCUACUUACAGAAGGGAUACACCAUGAUGACGCUGCGGGAUGGAGAUUACUAUUGCACCUACUUCCUUUGGUUUGAGAAUGAGCUGGGCUGCAAACUGGAGGUUACAGAAGUGCCAGUGCUUUCUGAUGAUUCAGCCCCCAUUGGGACACUGGCAGGUGACUACUACAGGAAGCUUCUCCGUUACUACAGCAAGAGUCACACAGGUGAAGUGGUGAAGUGCUAUGAGCUGCUGACCAUCCACCUGGGUAUCAUGCCCACAGAGCUGGUGAUCCAGCAGGGCUGUGACUUAGCACGACGACUCUGGGAGCCAACCCGCAUCCCCCUUCUGUAGGGCUCCUGGUUGCUACUUCACUGUGCUUUGAACUUCAUGUCUGUGCUUUUCUUGGGAUACUGCAUUUGCCUGCUCUGCACCGCCAUUCAACAGAGCUAGCAGACCAAACUAUUCUCCAUUCCUGCCAUACAUAAUUGGAUAUCCUUGCUCUAGAGGAGUAUAGCUUGACCCUGGGUAUUGAAGCCAAUGGGACCAAACUGCUUUUGCGGCACUGCUGACUUGGCUUGGGGACUCUGUGUAAGAUGCGAGUAAGAAUUCUCCUUGUGCAUACAUCAGCUCAUCCUUCUGCAUCUGUAUGAGCUGGAACAAUCUCUCCCUGGCCUAUCUGUGGCAGUUAGAUGCACUGAAACAGCAAGGAAUCUUCAUGAGCCAGACUUUUCUUAAGACCACAAAAUGGUUACGAGAAUAGAAUUUUAGAGCCGAACCCUGCCUAGACUUGAGCAAGAUGAGACUUGCUUUGUCUCUGGACAUUUGUUGUGUUUUAAAGAUUCUCAUCCACGCACAGUGGACAAGGAGCAGGUGACUACUACAGCCCUUCCACUACUGAAGCUAAGGGGUCAUAACUGAGUAAUCUUGUGGAUCUGAGCCCUUUCAAAUAAUGUAGAAAGAUGUAAUCUGGAGUAAAUGAGGAAAGAAAGAAUUCAUAGAGUUUCCCAGAAAAUGGCUUUAUGCAUGUACUUCCCCCAGUGAAACCCUCUGCUGCGUGCAAAAUGUCAAUUUCAAGUAAUGUGCCAGUGGAAAGUGACAUUGUGACAUGCUUAUCUGUAGGUAUAGUUAGAAGCACUCAGUGCACCAAAAUUUCUGAAUGGGUGCACUCAUGCUGAGCCAUGCCCCAUAGUAGAGGAUAUCCCUUGAAAUUAAUUUUUUUAAAGUUAAAAAUAAAAUAAUGGUUACAAGAACUUGUAAAAUAAAUAUUUUUAAAUUGAAUGAGUUAACUAUUUCAUGAAUGGGCUGAUAGCAACCAUUAAAAUGAAUUGCUAUUUCUCUUAUUUUUGCCAUAUAUAUCCAUUUUAAAAACUUAGUGAUAAAAAUAGGUACUUUAAAUUUGGAGGGGAAAGAAUGGUAUUAAGAGGAUAAUAGGCUUUUGCUAAACAGUGAAGCAAUUAUGCAAUAUAAGGAGAUCUGUGAUAAAAUAAUGAAUUAAAGUACAGUGUUUUUCCAGUAUCCUAAAAUAUUUUCUUCAUGGAAAAAUGAGAAGGACCUCAGCAGAACUGAUAUGAUUUUUGAAAAGGUGUUGUAUAAGGUACAUGAGGGGUCUAUUAUCUAAAUGCUGUGAAAAUAUCUUAUUAGAUAAUAGAACUCUGUAAAAACUUGGACCAGACUGGAAGGUCUUCAUUAAGCAGUAGCUGAUGUCUGGAAAGGUAGAUGUCAAUGCUGAUCAAUUGUAAAGAAAGUUCUAAUCAAUACAAUGUGAUUCCAGUGAAGCUUAGGAAGUUGAAUUCUGCUUGGGGGCUGUAGCAGAAUGCAAGCAGAUAAAUGUUAUGCAUGUGAUGACACUGGGCAAUAGUGAUCUGGCACACUCUUUAAACCCCUUAAAUGUUGCUGUUAUACAAAUGAGAUUUCAAUAAAAUAGGUAAAGAGAGACCUUGGUUAUAGGAUCAACUGAAAUCUCUAGCAGAUACAAAACAGCAGAUAUUAUUUCAGAAAGCUAGUGAAUUGUAACAUGUAGUUAGGUUCAGAUGAAAGAGAAACAAGGUAGGGCAAUCACUAGACUUUGAGGCUUCAGAUCACCCACCCAGCUAUUAAGCUCAUCUGGUGAUGCUGGACCAAUUAUUUUCUUUCAGCCCCAUUUACAUCAUAGCAUUAUUGAGAUAAAAUUGAUGUGAGGGGUCAUGAGUUUUUUGGCAGAAAGAUGGGAUUUAAAUGUAAUUUCAUAAAUAAAUGGAAGUACUGUAUUUUUCAUUAUGUAAUAUGAUAUACUGUAUGAUACAAAAUACUGCUACUUUUAUUAUGAAUUAAUGUUGCAUAAGUUUAUUAUUUAAAUAAACAUACCUAGCACCUAAAA